CCAGUACCCACCCACCCACACACUUUCAGAUUUCAUAUCACAAAGAAAAUCAAGAAAGAAAGAAAAGAAAGAUUCUUGAAAGAAAGAAUGCUUCAAGCCCAUAAUCGCCACCAAUACUCCGACCUGCUGAUAAAACCAUGGAAGUACAACCGCUUCCACACCUUCAAAAUGGGCGAUGUUGUCUUCAUCAAUUUCGUCAAAGGCUUCGUCGGAAUCUGUCUCGCCGUCUCCAUAUCUCUGCUCUCCUUCCUCGUCUUCUCCGAGUGGCUCCGCGGCUUCGAAAACCCACACGCUUUCGUCCGCACCGGCACAGCAACGACCCCGGAUUCGAUCCCCUGCGGCGGCGGCGAGGACGACGACCGGACCCCGGGGGCGACCAACAUUUCCCACGUCCUCUUCGGCAUCGGCAGUUCCCUGGAAACGUGGAACGGCCGGCGCCAUUACUGCGACGCGUGGUGGGACCCGGACGUGAUGCGGGGGUUGGUCUGGCUCGACGGGCGACCCCCGGAGAACGAGACGUGGCCGGAGCGGGCCCCGCCUUUCCGGGUCUCCCAGAACACGUCCGGGUUCCAGUACACGUGCAGUUUCGGGUCGAGGGCGGCGGUGCGGAUCGCGAGGAUCGUGAAGGAGAGCUUCGAGUUGGGGGCGGAGAACGUGCGGUGGUUCGUGAUGGGGGACGACGACACGGUGUUCUUCCCGGAGAAUCUGGUGGCGGUGCUGUCAAAGUACGACCACAGGGAAAUGUAUUACAUCGGGGGGGUGUCGGAGAGCGUGGAGCAGACGGAGGUGCACUCGUACACCAUGGCCUACGGCGGCGGGGGGUUCGCGAUCAGCUACCCGCUGGCGGCAAAGCUCGUUAGGGUUUUGGACGGAUGCAUCGAUCGGUAUGCCGAUUAUUACGGCUCAGAUCAGAAAAUCGGUGGCUGCAUCACCGAGAUUGGCGUUCCCCUCACCAAAGAACCCGGUUUUCACCAGAUGGACAUAAGGGAAGACCCUUAUGGGCUGCUGGCCGCACAUCCGGUGGCGCCACUAGUAUCGUUACACCACCUGGACUACAUGUGGCCAAUGUUUCCUGAAAAGUCUCAAGAGGAAUCCCUGAGGAAAUUGGUGUCGGCCUACAAGACCGACCCAAGUAGGACGCUACAACAGAGUUUCUGCUACGACACAAGGCGAAAUUGGACCAUUUCAAUUGCGUGGGGGUACACAGUCCAGCUGUACCCCGCGCUAGUAAGAGCCAGGGAGUUGGAGAUGCCGUUCGGGACGUUCUUGACCUGGACCUCGUGGCAAGAACGUCCCUUCACUUUUGACGUGCGGAGGAUGAGCUCGGACUUGUGCGAGAAGCCAUUGAUUUUUUACUUGGACGACAAAGUCGGAAGCUUUGGAAGUCGCGGGAGCGUGACGACUUACAAUAGGGCGAGAGAGGAGGGCGGGAAAGAAUGCGAUAGCUACGAGUAUAAACCUGCAUUGUCCGUUUCGGCCUUCAACGUCUCUGCUCAAAUCUUAAGUCCGGACAUAUGGAAAAAGGCACCACGGCGCCAAUGCUGCGAGGUGGUCAACGACCGAAAUGGAACGGAUCAUAUUUUGCAACUCAAACUUAGGGGAUGCAAUCGAUGGGAAUCAUCAGUGACACCUCCAUAGCCAGAUUUGCACAUUUCCACCGUACUUCCAAAUUUUUGGGUCUAUGAUGUUUCCGGAAAAGAACCGCAGAACUGUUGCGGCCACGAAGGAGGACAGAGAGCAAGGUUCUACAAACGGAGGAGAUGAACAUAGCAACGAAACAUUGAAGUGGACGGCUGUACAAUAUAAUUUGCGAGUCACACCAGCUUUGAUCAUCAAUUAGAAUAAAAUUUGUAUUAUAAA